UCCCGUUUCAGGCAUUCCUUAUUUUGUCAUUGUAAUUGUUUACUCAGUCCGAUACCGCAAUUUCAAUCUCUCGCUAUGCCAUGCGCCAUGGAAGAACCCCCAUUUCUUCAUUCUCUUCUCCUCUCCUCAAAAACCCAUCAAUCCAAUUGGGCAACAUCCUCCUUAUCGCCUCUCUCACCAAAACCCUAUUGGAAUCUGGAACCCGAAACCUCGAUCCGAACUCCAUCCCCCUUUCCGAGCCACUGGUCCUCCAAAUCCUCCGCAAAAAUUCCCUCGAGCCUUCUAAGAAGCUCGACUUCUUUAACUGGUGUCGCUCUUUUAAACCAAACUUCAAACACUCGGCCGUCACUUACUCCCACAUAUUCCGGACCCUUUGUCGAUCUGGGUUCGUCGAGGAAGUCCCUAAUUUGCUGUUUUUGAUGAAGGAAGAUGGUGUUCUUGUUGAUUCUAGUACCUUUAAGUUAUUGCUUGAUGCUUUUAUUCGGUCCGGUAAGUUUGAUACUGCCCUUGAAAUUCUUGAUUAUAUGGAAGAAUCGGGUGCUUGCUUGAAUGCUAGUGUUUAUGAUUCGGUUCUCGUGGCUUUAGCUAGAAAAGGCCAAGUGGGUUUGGCUUUAUCUAUGUUCUGUAAGCUUUUAGAAGCUUGUAAUGGCAAUGAUAAUGGGAAUUCUGUUGUUAGUUCGCUUCCUGGAUCCGUUGCAAUCAACGAGUUGCUUGUUGCUCUCAAAAAAGCUGAUAUGAGAGCAGAAUUCAAACAAAUUUUUGAUAAAUUGAGAGAAAAAAAGGAUUUUGAAUUAGAUACAUGUGGUUAUAAUAUAUGCAUUCAUACCUUUGGGUGUUGGGGUGAUCUGGGUGCUUCUUUGAGCCUCUUUAAAGAGAUGAAACAAAAGGAAAAGAGUUCCAGUUCCUGUUCGUUCGGUCCUGAUUUGUGUACCUAUAACAGUCUCAUACACAUACUUUGCUCGGUUGGCAAGGUGAAAGAUGCUUUAAUUGUGUGGGAGGAGUUAAAAGUGUCUGGCCAUGAGCCUGAUGUGUUUACAUAUAGAAUUCUUACUCAAGGGUGCUCGAAAUCAUACAAAAUUAAUGAUGCAAUGAAAAUAUUUAGUGAGAUGCAGUAUAAUGGGUUUGCUCCAGACACCGUUGUGUAUAAUUCUCUUCUGAAUGGAUUGUUCAAGGCCAGGAAGUUGAUGGAAGCAUGUCAGUUAUUUGAGAAAAUGGUUCAGGAUGGUGUAAGGGCCUCGUGUUGGACUUACAAUAUUAUUAUAGAUGGGUUAUUUAGGAAUGGCAGGGCUGAAGCUGCUUACACUCUGUUUUGUGAUUUGAAGAAGAAGGGGCAAUUUGUGGAUGGUGUCACUUACAGCAUAGUUGUGUUGCAACUUUGUAGAGAAGGUCAGCUUGAAGAGGCACUACAAUUGGUGGAAGAGAUGGAAGACAGAGGUUUUCUUGUUGAUUUAGUUACUAUAACAUCACUCUUGGUAGGAUUUUAUAAACAAGGUAGGUGGGAUUGGACGGAGAGGUUGAUGAAGCACAUUCGUGGUGGCAAUCUAGUACCCAAUGUUCUCAAGUGGAAGGCAAAUAUGGAGGCUUUAAUGAAAAAUCCACCUAAAAAUAGAAAGGAUUACACUCCUCUAUUCCCAUCCAGAGGAGAUUUUAUUGAGAUAAGGAGUUUUGCUGGCCAAGCAAUGGGCAAUAAUGUUGAUUCUGAAGAUUGUGAUGAGAAGGAUCAGGAGAUGCCAUUCAUUGAAACUGAUCAGUGGUCAUCAUCACCAUAUAUGGAUCAAUUAGCUAAUCAAGUAAAGUCAUCUGAACAUUCUUCACGGUUGUUUUCGCUGAGGAGGGGGCAAAGAGUUAAAGAAAAGGGGAUCGGUUCUUUUGAUGUUGAUAUGGUGAACACUUUCUUAUCUAUAUUUUUGGCCAAGGGAAAACUGAGCUUAGCCUGCAAGUUGUUCGAAGUAUUCACUGAUAUGGGUGUAGAUCCUGUUAGCUACACAUACAACUCGAUUAUGAGUUCAUUUGUGAAGAAGGGGUAUAUCAAUGAGGCAUGGGGUGUCCUGAAUGAAAUGGAUGAGAAAGUGUGCCCAACAGAUGUAGCAACCUACAAUCUGAUAAUUCAAGGCCUGGGGAAGGUGGGAAGAGCAGACAUUGCAAGUUCAAUUCUGGAGAAAUUAAUGAAGCAGGGUGGUUAUCUUGACAUAGUUAUGUAUAACACCCUGAUCAAUGCCCUGGGAAAGGCUGGUUACAUAAAUGAAGCAAGCAAACUUUUCGAACAGAUGAGGUCUAGUGGGAUAAACCCCGACGUCAUCACUUACAAUACACUUAUCGAAGUUCAUACCAAGGCUGGUCAAUUAAAGGAUGCAUACAGAUAUUUAAAAAUGAUGUUGGAUGCAGGAUGUUCUCCGAACCAUGUUACGGAUACCAUUUUGGAUAAUCUUGGAAAGGAAAUCGACAAACUGAGGCUGCAAAAGGCAUCAAUCGUGUGCACUAAUAACAACAACGGGGAUGAUUCCUAAAGAAAGGGAACCGAAAGGAUAUGGUAAUAGUUCAGGCAAUGGGAAGAUUCUGUUUCAUGGAAUUGUUGUAAGUUUGGAUUGAAGUUUUUCUUUUUCUCUUUCUUUUCUUAUGAAUAGAAAGGUUGUCUUUCAAGUACAA